UGAAUGUUUAUGAACUCGCAUUUAGAUACAUGUACAAUCAAUUUUUGUUAAAAUAUUAGGAUUUAAUCAUUCAGGGUUAAAUCCAUUUAUCGAAGGGCCAAUAUGCUUAUUUCAAUAUUCAAUGGGUCUUGCCUUUAAUGUACUAUUAUCAGUGUUCUCAGGCUCUUUUGGCCUUUCGGAUAUUAGUAACCUCAACCAAAUCUGUGACGUCAUACACAAGUUCGUCAGUCUUCUCGAAAAAAUUCAAAGGGUAAGGUGUCUUUAAAUUUCGCCUCACAAAUCUGUAUUUCGGCCCGUAAUUUGUCAAGAUACUAACGUUCAAGUAAUUUGUGGUGAUAAAUAUGAUUGUUGAAGCGGUAAUUAGGUAAACAAAAUGAUCCGAUGACCGAUUAUUCUUGUCGAUUUGUGGGGAUGGUAUAAGCUUCAUCCGCGUGCAGACAGCAGCAUGUCCAUCGGUCUACACGUAAUUUCUGGCGUAUUAAUGCAUUUUUCUAUUUCUUAACCUGAUAUAUUUUUGUUUUGUAUUUACAUUCCGAGCAAUUCGGCAUGCCAAAAAGAAAAAAUCGAGAGCCGGCCCAGCCAACGACGAGGUCCAAGAGGCAACCCAGGCACCACCAUGGGGCAGUUGCUGCUCACCCCCAAGCUCAGUCAGCACCCAUAUCUAUUGACCCAGUGGCACCAGCACAGACGACAACAUCGUUGCUCUCCAGCGAGCAGUUGCAACAAGUGUCCCAAGCGGUGGCGGAUAUUCUAGGCCAAAAUCGGACACAGCCAAUGCCCAUCGAGCCGCUACAGUCAGGCAUGGGGACGCAACCAAUGCCCAUUGAGUCGCUACAGCCAAGCAUGGCGGGCCUUGAUCAAUGUACAGGUACAGUGCCUGAAAUUAUUUCUGACAAUUGUUUUGCCCAAACACAGAGUUACGAAAGUGAUUUGGGCCAUGUGGUGCCUAAUAGAUUAAAAAUUAAAAUCGCAAAUGGGGAGUAUGUCAAUUUGGGCCUUUUAAUUGCUAACUUGGAUGGGGGUGACCCCAAUGAUGACAUAAAAUUAUUUUCCAUGAAAGAGGGUACCCUCACCUUGGCACCCAUGUCAAAGGCUAAGACCAUUACUGAUAUACAGGUGUGGACAGACGCAUUUUUUAUUUUCGCCUCCAUAUAUACAUCAGCACAUCCCGACGCAGCUGUACAAUUGUUCAAAUACAUGCAUACAAUUAGGUUGGGGGCAAGUAGAGUUAAGACAUUAGGAUGGCGGGAUUAUGAUAUACAAUUUAGGCUGAAAAAGGAGGCUAACCCCUCCAUGUCAUUUGCCAUUGUUGAUCAAGAGCUAUGGCUCUUGUACAUGUACAGCACACAUAUAACUGGUACCCAGAUACAAUCACAGCAGACCCCUCUAUUGAAGUGCUAUGAUUUCAAUUAUAAGGGGCAAUGUAGCAAAUACCAGUGCCAAUACAAACAUGAAUGUAUUUUGUGUUCACUCAAUCACCCUUACAUUAGGCAUAAGACACCUUCAGGAUCUAGUUUGAAUUUUAGGUCUGGUGGUGGGCAGACAGCAUGGCGGCCUCAGCUCCCAAGGAGGCCCUCAGCCCAGUGUUUUCAAUAA